UUUGGGAGUUGAUACACCUGCUGUGAUUUACCUGGAUGAGACGCUGGGGAGAAGAGCGCGGAGAGUGAGCCCUGUGGGAGCUGCUAUCAAGGAACAAAAACAAAACAGACCAUCUCUGUGCAUUACUCCGUCAUGGCCGACAGCAAGACAGAAAGAGGAGUCAAAUGGGAGGUUCGUGCCAACGACCAUUAUUUUCAUCAGUCCUGUCGCCGCAAGUCUUUCCUGUGUUUCCGCUGGGGGCGUUAUGCUGACAAUGUGGUGCGGAGCUACAAAUACACUCCUCUGACAUUUUUGCCUCUUAACCUGUAUGAACAGUUCCAGCGAGUGGCGAAUCUUUUCUUCCUACUUAUUGUGGUAUUGCAGAAAGCCAAGUCCUAA